AGUGUGUGUGUGGGGGGUGGAUGUGUGUGUGUGUGUGUGUGAUAAUAUUAAUAAUAAAAAUAAUAAUGGUAACAAUAGUGAUAGUAAUAAUAUAUGGUUUAUUCGAGUUGUGGUAUACAUAUACAUAAUGAAAACGUACAUAGGGGAUGGGGAGGCUUAAGAUUAGUACACUAGCCUAAUGGUUUAUUGCUCGCACCACGGUGGGGAUUGCACUGAGGUGAUAUCGGUCCAUGCGUAGUGGUGCCCUUAGGAGGAUUAUCUCGUUGUGGUGUGUAGUGGCACGGACUGGGCAAGAUGUACCACAGGGGAGUAGGUGACGUAAGUGUGGGUGACGCAGCAGGCCUGUCCCAAGUUUCUCCAGGGCCUCUCAGUGUCUGGUAGACAGCUUGGACAGACUCAGAGUGGUCAGGGUGUCAUUUUAGUUGGUGUGUGCAGAGCCAAGGAUGACCCUGUAUACACUCUUUUGCAGAUUCUCCAGCUGCUGCACCCAGAGCUUGUUGGCAAUUGGUGGAGGAGCAGGUCUAAUAUCCUACACAAGACCCUUAGUCAUGGCAGCUGGUUCUUCCUUCUAUGACUUCAGUGCUGUGGACAUUGAUGGCAAUGAGGUGUCCAUGGAAAAAUAUAAAGAUCGGGUGUGUAUUGUGGUCAAUGUUGCAAGUAAAUGAGGCAAGACUGAUGUGAACUACACCGAACUGGUGCAGCUUCACGAGAAAUAUGAGCCUCAGGGUCUCAGCAUCCUGGCCUUCCCCUGCAAUCAAUUUGGAGGCCAGGAACCUGGCACAGAGGCAGAGAUCAAGAAGUUUGCCGAGGGCUAUGGGGUGAAAUUCGACAUGUUUUCCAAAAUAAAAGUGAACGGUAGUGAUACUCAUCCUCUUUGGGAUUUCUUGAAGACAAAACAGGGUGGAAUGCUUGGCAACUUCAUCAAGUGGAACUUCACCAAAUUCUUGGUGGACCGCAGUGGCAACCCCGUGUCCCGCUACUCUCCGCAGACCAAUCCCAAGCCAGCCAUUGAGAAGGAUUUGGUGAAGCUUUUGUAAUGGCAGCCGUAAGGAAGACAGUGAUGAAGGAGGGAGUGCCAGGUUUGCAGGCUGGUCACUUCCUCCCAACCUCCUCUUGAUGCACCAGAGACUGAGAAGGCAGAGAAAAGUCCUAAUGAAGGUCUGUGGGCAACCUUGGCAGCCAAGACCCAAUGACUGGAAGUGUUAUUCUCUUCUUGACCUUUUCAGUUUCUGUUGUUUCAACAUCUCUGCACCAGUUGCAGCACAUCCACGUGUAUUCAAUGCUCAUUUUCAUGUGCCAUGUAUGACUCUUCACUGCAGGUAAUGCUAGUCGUUUGUGUUUUAAGGCAGCUCUUUAAUCCUGGCCAUCUUCAACUACUUUGUUAUUGUAAUUGUUAGUAAUUAUUAUCAGUUUUUAUUUUAUUUUUUGUUACUCACUUAUUGAUUUUGUUUUAUUAUUUUCUUUAUAUAUCUUUUUGCUCUGCUCAUUUACGGUGCAGAUGUACUUUGGGUGUCAUAGUAAGGGUUCUUGGCAUUCAGUUUCUUUCUAGUAAGUGAAAUUUGUACAGUAAACACCAAUAAAAUUUGUAUAAGUAGA